CCGCCGGCUGUGAGAUCCCGCCCAGACCGGGGGGCCCGGAGGGGAAAAGAGACCCGCCGCUGCCCCCCCGCCCCACGCACUCCCACCACAAAGCCGCGCCUAGACGCCACGGGUCCGCGCCCGGCCAGAGCCAAGGUUGAGCAGCCCCACAGCCCGACCUCCCCUCCCUUGACAAGAGUGGCCCGCCCGCUUGCCACUUGCCAUGCAUUCCCUGGACGAACCCCUCGACCUCAAGCUCAGCAUCUCCAAGCUCCGGGCGGCCCGAGAGAAGGUCAGCCAGGCCCUGGAGGGCAGCAAGCGGCAGGCCCCACACCAGGAGUUCCGGGCCCCGGAGGACAGCACCGCCGCCGUGGGGAGCCCUGCCUCCCCGCCUGACAGUCUCCAGCCACACUCCAAAUGCCACGACCGGAGGGAGAUCCGUUUUUCCUCGGCCCCCACCAUUGACCUGAGCCUCUCCCCGUCUCCAGGCUUGGACUCUCCCAGCGGCAGCACCUCCCUCUCCCCGGACAGGCAGAGCGGCGGGGAGUUGGUGAGCCCCUCCACCCUGCAUGAUCUGCAGUCCCUGCGCUACAUCGAUGGCCUGCGUAGCUCCUUCCAGUUCUUCCUCCCCUUGAACUCAGGGGGUGCCCUGCACCUGCCCGCCUCGGCCUUCCUGACCCCUCCCAAGGACAAGAGGCUCUCACCGGAACUGCCUCUCCAGAAGCAGCUGGUGUGCCGGUGGUCCAAGUGCAACCAGCUCUUUGACCUCUUGCAAGAUCUCGUGGACCACGUCAACGACUUCCACGUGAAGCCGGAGAAGGACGCUGGCUACUGCUGCCACUGGGAAGGCUGCGCUCGCCACGGCCGGGGGUUCAAUGCCAGGUACAAGAUGCUGAUCCACAUUCGGACACACACCAACGAGAAGCCCCACCGCUGCCCGACCUGCAACAAAAGCUUCUCCCGGCUGGAAAACCUCAAGAUCCACAACCGCUCCCACACAGGCGAGAAGCCCUACAUCUGCCCCUACGAGGGCUGCAGCAAGCGCUACUCCAACUCCAGCGACCGCUUCAAGCACACGCGCACCCACUACGUGGACAAGCCCUACUACUGCAAGAUGCCCGGCUGCCACAAGCGCUACACGGACCCCAGCUCCCUCCGCAAACACAUCAAGGCCCACGGGCACUUCAUCUCCCAGGAGCAGCAGGAGCUGCUGAAGUUGCAGCCGUCCCCCAAGCCCCCGCUGGCGGCCUCGGCGGAAGUGCCUUACCUGAACGGGGCACCCAUCCUCAUCCCCAACGCCGCCGCCACCCUCUUCGGCAGCCACGGCCUCUCGGGCCUCCCUCUGCCCCUCACGCCGGCCCCCCUGGAUCUCAGCACCUUGGCCUGCAGCAGGAUGGGGGCCGCUGCGCUGGCCGGCCUGCCGAGCCCCGUGCUGGCCCCUCUGAACUUGGCCAAGAGCCCCCUCCUCUCCUCGCCCUUCGGGGCCGCCGCCGCCGGCCUGGGCCUGCCCGUGGUCUCCCUGCUGGCCGGCGCCUCCGCCAAGGCCGGCGCCGAGCGGGGUCACGCGGGGGGCAGCGCCCGGCCCUCCAAGGGCAGCCGGGCUCAGAGGCCGGAGAGCUGCAAGGAGGCCAAGGAGAGGACUGAGCUGAGCAGGCUGCGGGCCGCCUCGGAGGGCCUCUCCCUGCUCCCCGGGGGCGUCUUGGACCUCUCCACCAGCAUGAACUCCGCGGGGAGUGCCGCCGCCGCCGCCGAGGCCCUGCCUCCCGGCUGGGUGGUCAUCCCCACAGGCUCCGUUUUGCUGAAGCAAGCUGUGGUGAACUGAGAGGGGAAAGGCGACCACGACCACGACAGCAAGGAGGCUGUCGGGAGCGGCUUGGGCUCGUCCCGGGGUGCUGGCUCGGCCCCCUCCCGUCUUUCCGGGACCGCUCCAGGGCGAGGAAAUGCUCCCCGAGCAUCUCCGCGCCUUGAAGCUUCCCGGAAAGGAGCGCCGUCUUGGGCCCGCCGGCAGCGCUUCCGCCGCUUCUUGGCCGCGGCCCCCCCCCCUGCUCCGCACAUGGCUGCCCUCCGGCUUCCGACACGACGGAGGAGCCCGGCUCUUCUGAGAUAAGCAAUAACCGCAGCUUCCCUGAGCAGCCGCCCCGCCCGGGCCGCCAUCUCCCCUUCCGCGGCCAGCCGUCAGUGGCCGCCUCGGCCAGAGAGCAGCGGGCGACUAUUUAUUUCGGCUUCCCCCGACAACGCCCUCGUGGGGCUCUUCCCCUUCCCCCUCCGGCUCUCCUGCUUGGGCGGCCAACGCGCUUCCCGUCCUGCGAGGCUGCCAAGGCAGGGCUUGGGGCUUCCCUCAGCAUUGGUGUGUCCGGCGCCACCCUCUGCACAUCUGGAGGCGGGCGCCAGAACCGGCCAGACAAGAUCCAUUCCCUAAGCCGGCUGCUUCCAUCCCGUGGCAGGGCCUGCCUCCCUUGGGGGGCUCAGUGCCCGGCUGCUGCUCAGGGAAGGAGACACACACACCCCCCACGCGCGCCCCGCUUAGCAAAGCCCUUGGUGCCGUUUUUGGCAUGGCUUCUUUUCUGGGGCGGGGGGGAGGCCAGAGCCGGGGCGGAGACAAGCAGGCGCGGGAUGGAGUGGCCACAACCCCCCUCGCUCGUGCUGCGACCGCAAGGCGCCGGGGCCCUUUCCUGGCUCCACCAUCCCCGACAAGGCGCGCCCGACGGGCGUGCUGCUCACCGCUUUUUGACGUGGAGGAUCUGAAACAUUCACUUCCCCCUAUCAGCAGUUUCUUCCUUUCAGCGCGUUGCGCACCCCCCCCCCCCGCCAAGCAGGCAGGGACUUCUCCCCCCAGGCCAGGCCCAGGGCAGGGGCCUCCAGGGUUGCGGGACCUGCAUCUCCGUACAACCACCAGGGCAGAGACCUCUGGAGUGCUGCCCACUGGGCCGGCAUCAGCCCCAGCAGGAUGCCAGCUGGGCAGGGACUCCUGGCCCACCCUGGAGGGCUGCUGUUACUGAGAUAACGUGGCCCGAGCAAGCAGGUGGCAGGAGACUGGGCAGCCCUGCCAUUGCUCCGCAAGGGCCACAGCAGUGCCAGCAGCGCCCGCUGCUCUCCUUGGGCCCUGUGCAGCAAUGCAUGAUGGGAGGGGCAUCCCUCCCCCCCCGCUCAUCCACUGCAGCCGGGCAGGUCUAGAAGCAGGGCCAGACCGUGGCCACCCAGUUGCCCUCCCCCUGCCCAGGCAGCAGCACCAGUGGUUCUUCUGCCCGUGGCCUUUGCUCUGGGACCCGCUGGCUUCCUCCUGCCGCCCGCCAGCAGCAGGGCCGACGGCUCUACUUUACCGAUUGCUUGCUGGAGGAGCCCACGUUACCUCUCGACCGCCCGCCCCCCUUUCGGGCGGGGUCACGCAGCCUCUUCAUUCCCUCUCCCUGUACAAAGGGGUCCCCACGUACCUCUCCCUGCGUGCUCGUCAGUGGGACCCCUGCGACGGGCUUCCAUCCAAAUGGGUUUCCUCGACCAGCUACCGCCCCUUCCUCAGACUCCCCAAGGCAGCUGCUGGCGGGAGGGCCCCCCAGACAGCCCCCCCACCAUGCUGUCAGGUACUUGGGGAGUGUGCAGCACUCAGCCAAGGGAGCUGGCCUCCCAACCACAGGUGGCAAUGGGCUGCACGCGCCCUCCGGAUCGGCAGCAGCGCUCCAGGGGUUGACUACCCAGCAUGUUUGCUGACUGACCAGGCCUGUGGGCCGGUGGACCUUUCCGUUUGUUUCGGGUUUUUGUCCCUCGUUGCCCUUCCCGGGCUGUCAGUAUUUUAACAGUUUCUAAGUGCCUUUCAAUUGUAGUUCAUGUUUUGUUCCUCCUCUCGCCUCCGUCACUGUUAGCAUAGUUGAAGACAGAAAGAGAUAAGCUACGACCCGACCCUCUGGGAGAGAGGAGGGCGGCUGUUAUGAAACCAAUAAAGGAACUCCAGAAGGUU